GCCGCCAUCCCUCUCUCCCCAUCUUCACUUUCUCUGUUUUUUUUUUUUUUUUUUGCCUUAAUCCGGCAGUCUUCACGGUUUCCGGAACUUUUUGCUUCACAGUCUUCUACUUUCCGACAUUUUCCGAGCUACUAAAAAACCAGCAAGCCACUCGAAUUCAUAAAAGUAGCGAAGAUGGUGAAGAAGAACAAGGAGAGGAAGGUAAAUGUGUCCGGUAAGCCGAAGCACUCGCUGGACGUGAAUCGUUCCGGCAGCGGGAUCAAAGAUGGGCGAAGCGCCGCCACUGUGCGCCGCCUCAAAAUGUAUAACACGCGGCCUAAGCGCGAUAAUAAAGGGAAAAUUUUGAGCCAUGAAUUGCAGUCCAAGGAGCUGCCCAACACACGUAUCCAGCCUGAUCGCCGCUGGUUUGGAAAUACCCGAGUUGUAAAUCAGCAAGAGCUUGAAUUCUUCCGUGAAGAGCUCCAGAAUCGGAUGUCCAGUAAUUACAAUGUUAUUUUGAAGGAGAAGAAGCUGCCUUUGUCCCUUUUAAAUGACCACAGGAAGCAAGCCAGAGUUCAUCUGCUUGACACUGUGCCUUUUGAGGAUGCAUUUGGGCCAAAGGGGAAAAGGAAGCGCCCUAAGCUCUUGGCAGCAGAUUAUGACUCUUUACUUAAGAAAGCGGAUGAUUCUCAGGAUGCGUUUGAGCAGAAGUACAGUGCCUCUACUUCGGUUGAGGGUGAAGGAGAUGGAUUCAGGGAUCUAGUUCGACACACCAUGUUUGAGAAGGGUCAGAGUAAGCGUAUAUGGGGUGAACUUUACAAAGUUAUUGACUCAUCAGAUGUUGUUGUCCAGGUUUUGGAUGCUAGAGACCCACAAGGUACAAGAUGCCGUCAUCUAGAAAAGCAUUUGAAAGAAAACUGCAAGCACAAACACAUGAUCCUUCUGUUAAAUAAGUGUGAUCUCGUUCCUGCUUGGGCUACAAAGGGAUGGCUUAGAGUAUUAUCAAAGGAAUACCCAACUCUAGCAUUCCAUGCUAGCAUCAAUAAGUCUUUUGGCAAGGGUUCUCUGUUGUCAGUUUUGAGACAAUUUGCCCGCUUAAAAAGUGAUAAGCAAGCAAUAUCUGUGGGAUUUGUUGGGUAUCCUAAUGUCGGAAAGUCUUCUGUGAUUAACACACUUCGCACUAAAAAUGUAAUUUUCUACCUUUUUACAGUUUGCAAAGUUGCACCAAUUCCCGGAGAGACUAAGGUGUGGCAGUACAUAACACUCACAAAAAGGAUCUUCUUGAUUGACUGCCCUGGAGUUGUUUACCAGAACAGUGACUCUGAAACGGAUAUUGUACUAAAGGGCGUGGUACGUGUCACAAACUUGGAGGAUGCUUCUGAACAUAUUGGAGAAGUUCUGACACGUGUCAAGAAGGAGCACCUGGAAAGAGCAUACAAGAUACAGGAAUGGGAGGAUGAAAAUGACUUUCUUCUCCAGCUAUGCAAAUCAACUGGCAAAUUGUUGAGGGGUGGCGAACCUGAUCUGACAACUGCAGCAAAGAUGGUCCUCCAUGACUGGCAAAGAGGUAAACUACCCUUUUUUGUCCCUCCUCCUCAACAAGAAGUAAAUGAUGGCUCAUCAGAAUCGCCCACUGUGCACGGGAUAGACGAAGAGGCCGUGGCAAAUAAUAGUCAGGCAUCUGCAGCACUUCAAGCUAUCGCAAAUGUGAUGUCAUCCCAGCAGCAAAGAAGUGUACCAGUUCAAAGGGAUCUCUUCAAUGAGAAUGAACUAAAUGGUGAGACGGCCAUUGAGGAGCUCCCUAAUGGUGAGACUUCCACCGAGGAGCUCCCCAAUGGUGAGACUUCCAUCAAGGAGCUCCCCAAUGGUGAGACAGCUAUCGAGGAGCUCACAAAUUAUGAGACUGGAGAUGAAAACAGAGCUGAUGAGAGCGAGAUGCCAAGUUCCAGCAGCUAAGCCAUUUAUGUUCGCCUGGAAGAACACAUACACGUAGCUUCCUUUUUGUUUGUUAGGAUUAUUUCUAUGUCAAGCUUAUACUUGAUUUAAGAUUUUAUCUUAAAUUUUAAAUUUAAUUAUCCCCAACUCGUAACUCGGCGAGAUGAAGUUUCUUGUAUUCAAUCAACAUUUAGAAACAGCCUGGCGCUGAUAAUUAAAGAAAUCAAUGAAGUUCUU